AUGCACGAUGUUCUCAUCGUUGAUGAAGAGAUCACGAUGGAAGACCAUUCUAGAUCGUUUAAAACUCAUGGAGAUCUACUUGGAAAGUUGGCAGAUAUGCUUACGUUUUAUCGUCAAAUUGUACGAGAACGGUCGUUAUCUCAAUUUGCCGCAAUAUUCUGUCCGAACAAAAGAAGUUAUCCAAGACCAUGA